CGCCCUUCUUUUCAGUAGAUAUCUAAAUUUUUGUGUAGAUUAGUUCAAUUAGGUUAACAAAUGUGUUAAUUAUUCUUUUAAAAUAAUAAAAUGAUUAUUUUCUUCGUACUUCUAAGUGUGUUGUCGUCGUCAUGGGGACUGCAGGAGAUAGAAUUGAAAACUUUCUUGAGGGAGGACAUGCCGCCUCCUGCAACCAACCUCUCGUUGGCCAGAAACGUUUUCCAAAGCUAUAUAAAUAUGCCACUGGACCACUUUGAUCCACAAAAUGAUAAACGCUUCGCAAUGCGAUUCAUGUUCAACGAAGAGUUCUUCGGUGGUCCUGGCUCUCCUAUAUUUAUAAUGGCGGGAGGAGAAUGGGACAUACACCCUGCCUGGCUAGCUGCCGGCAAUAUGUACGAAAUGGCACGAGAGAACAAAGGCUACCUGAUAUACACAGAACAUCGUUACUAUGGAAAAACAUUACCUUUCAAGGAACAUACCACUGAAAAUUUGCGUUUCCUUAAUAUGGACCAAGCUCUCGCAGACCUUGCUCAUUUUAUCACAGAAGUGAAGACACAGCCUCGUUUUAAUAACAGCGAGGUGAUAAUGUACGGAGGUUCUUACGCUGCCAAUAUGGUAAUGUGGUUCAAACAACGUUACCCUCACUUGGUGCUCGGCAGUAUUGCUUCUAGUGGCCCCAUUUUAGCCAAAAUUGAUUUUCCAGAGUACCUAGAGGUGGUUCACGAAGCAUAUCUUUUGGAAGGUGGUGAUCAGUGUAUUUCAAUAAUUCGUCAAGGCAUUCAGGACACUAUCGCACAUAUGAAUACCGAUGAAGGAAGGGAAGCUUUAGAAGCUGCAUUUGGAAUUUGCGAGCCAAUUGACUACAGCGACCCCUACGACCUCGGCUACUUUUCGGGGUUAAUAACAUGGUCUUUUUCUAAUACUGUACAGCGCGCGUCCCCUGGAUCACUGAUACAAAUCUGCAACAAUUUCACCGGGAAUUAUUACGGAAACACACCAAUGGAGAAAAUUGGAGGGUUCGUAUCAUUAGUACAAAAUCGUACUGAAAAUGAAUGUUGGGAUAUUGUGUACGAUAAUUUCCUCGACUCCUACAAUAAAACUGACAAUAGCCGUGCUUGGUACUACCAAACUUGUACCGAGUACGGAUUUUUCCAGAUUGCACCGAAAUCAGGUACCGUGUUCGACUCUUUGAAGUGGCUUAACUUGGAUUUCUAUAUCACUGCGUGCAAGAGACUCUUCGAUGAAAGAUUCGACGAAAAAUUCGUUUACGCGGCAGCCGACCGCGUGAAUUUAGUUUAUGGAGGUUUAGAUCCUGAAGUUAAAAACACUGUUAAUAUUCACGGCUACAUAGACCCAUGGCGCGCACUAGGAGUCUACGAUGAACAUAUCUCGGAAACUUCACCUACCUAUACUAUAGAAAGAGCCUCACAUUGCUUCGACAUGCAAGGUUGGUUGCCCAGCGACACCAUAAGAAUGACUUUUAUGAAACAGGAAGCAAGAAGAAUAGUGGCUUCAUGGCUUUCUAACAGAAAAAACCACUAAAACAGUACCAAGUCAAUCUAGAAUCAUUUUCGUUUAGCUCUAACGUGCAAUAUUUAUGAAAUAAAUCUUAUAAAACCGGAUAUUUGUAUUUUCCCAUUUAUUUGUACACUACUUCUGCAAAAGUUGUAUACAAUAUAAUGUACAUCAUGGAUGAAGAUGUUUAAUAAAUAAAA